CGUAGACGUCUGUGGGUGCAAUUUGUGGAGACCAACGGUUUUGCUGUUCGUCCACAGUCUGUGCUCUGUUCGAGGCAUUUCAUUCCACACGUCGACUUCUUCCCAGGGGCCAAUCGACGCCGUUUAAUCAGAACAGCCGUGCCGUCAAUAGCAGUCGAACAGCAGCAUGAGGCACCUGACGGUGAACAAGCAGUUCACGAAGAAAUUGACAACGCCGAUGAACAAGGCGGCGCGGAAAUCGUUGAGGUCCAAAUGGAUUUCAAUGAAGUGCAAAUCGUCGAGGACAAUGUGGAAAUUGUCGAGGUCUAGGUGGAAGUUGUCGAAGUCCAGAUGGAAGACGACAAUGUGGAAGUUGUCGAAGUCCAGAUUGAAGACGACAAUGUGGAAGUUGUCGAAGUCCAGAUUGAAGACGACAAUGUGGAAGUUGUCGAGUUCCAGAUGGAUGACGUCAUAGUCGUUGAUGUUCUGCUGGCCGACGCGCGGGCAGAACUUGAAUUCGCAGACAUCUUCGACCAUUUACCUCCGGACGUCGACGAAGAGUUCGAGCCUAUUCCACUGGGUGUUCCUGUGGCGGCAGAACGUUUGCCAAUGAGAGACCGUCCGGCAGGUGUUCAACACCCACUCCCGGACCAACACAACAUAGGUGCUUUGGACGCGGUUUGCCGAGAAUGCAACGCCCGUCACUUCCACUGCGAGCGCGCAUCUAGAGGUCACUUCUCUACGUGCUGUAACAACGGUCAAGUGACCGCCACAGGACAGCGCGUUCUGCUGCCAGCACCUGUGCGUUUAACUAAUUUGUUGAUUGAUGAUUCACAGGAAGGUACCAACUUUCGAAGGGAGACUCGCCGGUACAACAACUCACUGGCGUUCGCAGCGUUCUCCAGCGACCUCAACCCCAGACGGUUGCCGGGUCGGGGACCAAGCGUGUACACUGUCCACGGACAAGUGUACCGCAGGGUCAACAAUGACGUCGUCGGCAACGAACACAGGCCACCGAGCUACUGUGAGUUGUACUUUGUCAACUCCGCCGAGGCCAACCAGUCCCGAAUGCGACAACAGGAUGUCGCAGACCGUCUUUUGGCAGGUUUGCUUGCAGACCUGGACCAAAUGCUUCGGGAGAUCAACCCGUAUGCUCAGGCUUUUAGGAACAUGAGCAGGUUGUGGUUGGAGGAACAAGAAAGAGCCAAUGCCAACUAUCCGGGAGUUUGUGUGUUAUCGUAUGGCAAUUCGAUAUACAGGAAACAACGAUACUGAUCACGGAGGCAUAAGUUUAAUACACGGUGGUGGUUUUUUAUUGCAGCAGUACGUGUGCGACCAGUAUGUUCGGAUGGAAUCGA